AUGGAUACGUACCUCAAAGAAAGGCACGUUAAAGAUACUCUCAGAUAUUCACUCAAAGAUACACUGACAGAUGUGUUCAAAGAGGCGUAUAAUGGGUCGCUUACCGAUACUUUCAGGGGUUCGCUCAAAGAUACAUUUUCUAAUUCACUCACGCAUAAUUCUAGUGACCACUGCACUGAAUUAUCAAGCAAUCACAAGGAAUCGAAAUCAGAACAUACCUUCGAUGCAAAACUUCAAACAACGAGCAAUGCAAAUUCUGCAGUAUAUUUUACAACUGAGCAUCGCUUCCUGGAAACAACAUCGUCUCUGAUUCAGCAUCGACAGCCUUCACAUUUCAAACAAGAAACAUCCCUGUCUCCAUUCACUUUAGCCCUUCUAGGAAUUACAGCAAACUUUCUUCUUAUUGGACCGUUAGUUGUUGCGUUCUGGAACAGUACGUGGUGUUUCUUUGAUUAUAUUCUUCAAGAUCACGAUUGCCAAGUGUCUGUGUGGACUUCUGCGGCAAUAGGGUUUCCCUGUAUGGCCUUGGUAACGUUUUUUCAAGGUUCAGUUCUUUCAUAUUCGUCCAAAUGUAAUACCCUCGCCCGUUUGAUAUUAUCUCGAACGUAUACAUACGUUUUGAGUGUUGCCUGUGUCAAUCAGUGGAGGAGUACUUGGUUAAUUGCUGACUGCUAUGUGGGAAGUUCUCUGUUUAAUUCAGCAGUGACUUUCGGCAGCGUGUUUCUUGUACUGCUGUUAUCUCGAUGUUUAGUGAGUGCUUGUGCUCCACCAGUUUUCAUUGCGAUGGAAGUUCCCCAUGUAGAAUAUUACAAGGUGGCCACUUUUCGCGGAGGUACGCCAACUUGCUCAUUGGAAUACCUCCUGGACACUCUAAUCUCCGUCUUUGGGAUACAGGUCUUAGUGAUCGUCUACUGGAGAGCGUUCUGGGAGAUCCUGGACUACUGUCUCAUGCCGGAAGACCCACAUCUCAGUGCGGUCUACUCUGUUGGGAUCGGUGUGGGGCUGAGCUGUAUCUUGUUUAUUUUACAGGUGA